AGUGCUCUGUGUGCCGUAGGCCCGUAGGGUCCACCAGCAGGCACACACGCACAGGCUUUAAUGCGAGGAGCUAUUUAGUGUCGCCAGUCGCUACUUCUUUCUCGUCUUCCUCUCCUGUCUCCUCGCAGUUGCGCAGCAGGGUGCUGGAAGAAGUUUCUGGUUGGAAGAAUCCGGUUGAGCUGUAGACAGCUUGUCGAUUCGUUGCUUGAGGAGCAGCCAUGGACAGAAGAAACCGACCAGCUCCGUUGGUGAGUCUCUCUCGUCUCCUCUUCCUCUCCUGGAUUUAUAUAUAUAUUCCUAGAUUAUUUGCAAACAUACCAUCGUUGGGUUGCUUUAGUUGAGCUUACGCAUGUCGUUUGGAAAUCACUAACGCUUCUGAGUUUUGGCCCGUAAGACUGUUGUUCCAAGUCAGUCAGACCAUCAGUUCAUCGUACCGUAUUUUCUCAUCGAUCUAUCACUUUGAAGAAGCACACGAGGAAAGAAUGGCCAAACAAUCUUAUUUCGGAUAGAAGUCUGUGUGCGUCUAUCAGUACGAGCAUCUAGAUGUUCUUUCUUUUUUAACGCACAUGCAUCUAGAUAUUUCCUUUCGGCGAAUUUUCUAUCUGAGAAUUACUGACGUUCUUCUGGAAAAGAUUAUGCUUUUUUUAAUGUAGUCGCACAUAAUUCUGGGCUGAGUAGAACAAGUGGAUUACAGUUUACCUGCUGAAAAUUCGUCGAGUUGCUUAGCUGCAUUAUAAUACAUUCAGCACUGCUUCCUCUAGAGAAAAGGUAUUGACGGUUGCUAAUGCCCUUCACGGUGAAACUUGCAUGGGAUGCCAUCAAAUUUGGUCCCCCACAAGGUUGACAGCUCUGCAUGCUUUUGCCGAGUGGACAGAUCAUCCGCCGCGGCGGCGGCGAGGCGAAUCCCAGUGUCGAAGGCGUGCGUGCAACCGAGCCUCAGGGCGUCCAUCCACCCGCUGAAGCCACGGCCGGGCGCAGAGCGGAGCCGCGGAGGGGCGUGCCCGCUGCUCCCAGGCCUUCCGGACGACCUCGCCAUUGCCUGUCUCAUCCGGGUGCCCAGAGCCGACCACUGGAAGCUGAGGCUGGUGUGCCGGAAGUGGUGCCGCCUGCUCGCCGGCAACUACUUCUACGGCCUACGCCGGCGGCUCGGGCUCGCGGAGCAGUGGCUGUACGCCGUGAAGCGCGACGGCAGGGACGGGCGCGUGUCGUGGGACGUGCUCGACCCGUCGCGCGGCGAGUGGCGCGCGCUGCCGCCCGUGCCGGGCGAGUACGCGGAGGCCGACGGGUUCGGCUGCGCCGUGCUCGGCGGCUGCCACCUGUACCUGCUCGGCGGCAGGGACCCGCGCAGGGGCAGCGCCAUGCGGCGGGUGGUGUUCUACAGCGCCCGGAGCAACCGGUGGCACCGCGCGCCGGACAUGCUGCGCCGCCGGCAGUUCUUCGACGUGUGCGUCAUGGGCAACCGCCUGUACGUCGCGGGCGGUGAGGGUGGCGGCGGCGGGCUCAGGUCCGCUGAGGUGUUCGACCCGGCCAAGAACCGCUGGUCCUUCGUGGCCGAGAUGGCCGCGCCGAUGGCGCCGUUCGUCAGCGCGGUGCAUGGCGGGCGGUGGUUCGUGAAGGGUAUUGGCGCGCAGCAGCAGGUGCUAAGCCAGGCAUACUCCCCGGAGUCUGACUCGUGGUCCAUCGUCCUCGACGGCAUGGUCACCGGCUGGCGGAGCGCCAGCGCGUGCCUCAACGGCCGGCUCUAUGCUGCAGAGUGCAUGGACGGAUGCCGGUUGAGGGCCUACGACGAGGCCGUGGACGCGUGGAGCACCUGCGCCGACAGCAAGCAGCACCGAGGGAGCUCCCAGGCGGCUGCCAUUGUCGCCCUCCACGGAAGGCUCUUCGUCGUCCGCAACGACAUGAGCGUCUCGGCCGUCCAGGUGGCGGCCGAGGCGGGAAAGCAGAGGUGGCAGACCCUCGCCGGCAAAGCGCAUACCAAGAGCUUUGUCACGGGCCUGUUGUCCAACCUCGCUGGUCGCAGCCGCGCCAAGAACAACAUCCUCCAUUGCCAAGUUCUUGAGGUCUAGCUGUCUUGCUCCCUGAUGAGUUAUGCUUAUAAGUUACUAGAAUCACGCAAUGAAAAAGUACGUGAGAAAUCUCCAUGUCUGCUCAAGAGUGCUAAUUAAAUAAGCGAGAAUUACAGGCAUCUGAAGAACGCGCGUGAUCGUUGUAUAAAACUACAAAUACAGUUUAUAUGGUAUACAGUAUACAGAUUUAUUAUGAUCACAUUACA